CCACACUCCUGUUGUUGCACAGAUGCACUUCUCGAGGGAUAUCAUUCGCCAAAAAUUUGGCAGCAGAGGCUUGUAUUUGAAUUUGGGAUGUUAUCUGUGGUUGCAUCAUGCUUCAUCAUAUUGCCAACACUUCACACCAGCCAGCUGCAACUAAGCGAUACACCCAAGACAAAGGCAAUUUUAAUUGUUGUCUGCAGAAUAGAACAAUGGUAUUUGAAUGUCCACACAAAUUGACAAUGACUUGCGGAGUCACAAUCAUACCCAUCAUAUAAAAAGCCCACAGAGUGCUCUAUCAACAUAUUCUAAACGAUCGCUCCCGUCAAGCUCCUCUCUGAUCCUUGGAGACUUAUCGCCAAUCGAAAUGUACGAAGGUCAAACGCAAUCGCUGCCAUGGGGUAUGCUCGGUGUCUGGCUUAAGGUCACUUUCCGCUUUCUUCAGUUUGUGCUUGGACUCGUCAUCUUUGGUGUAUAUUGCGCCGAUAUUGUCAACGCAAAAGAGAAUUAUGCCAGCCCAUCCGCAGCAUGGAUACUUGCAAGUACUCUUGGGGGCCUCAAUGCUGUCUCUGCAUUGUUGUACCUUCUCCCCUUCUUCCACUCUUACCUUUUCUUUUGGUGGGACUGGAUCAUCGUUACCUUGCAUGCAGGAAUCAUUGGAGUAUUCGGAAAAGCAUUCAUCGCCCACAAAACACCUGAACAAAACCCCAAGGUGUUCAAAACGCUGGGUCCGGACUUUGCCCGAGAGCGUUCAACUGCUUAUGUUGAUUGUGGGAGCGGGAUCCUAUGGACGGCCACUGCUGUGAUGUCAACAGUCAUUUACUUGAAAGUCAAACGUCUGAAGAGUACUGAUGGAUCUUGAUUUGAAGAUGGAGGACAGGCUGACGCAUAUGCGGACAGAAUCGUAUGGAAGGAGCUAGUGAGGGUCGCGUCAUAUUAAUGAGACUUGUAUAAAGACGGGGAGUAGUAUAGUUCAAAGCAUUACAGGGAC